AUUGCCGGGGUGGAAGAGUGAAGUUUCCUUCUUUGACAUGGCUUUUUGGAAGAAAGUGUGGGCCUUCCCUAUUCCUCCGAAGUUAAAGUUCUUUAUGUGGCAGGUUAUGAAACGGAUUUUGACAACUAUGGAGGCUUUGAUUGAGAAGGAGGGGAGGGUACUGGAGGAGGUUGGGGAUGCAACAGAGUCUGAGGCUGAACUCUCUCCUAAGUGUCUGGUCUGCUGGGAUCCAUGUGAGAUGUUGGAGCACAUGUUUCUCUCUUGCCGGGUCGCCGUUGAUCUUUGGAAUAGUUCAGGCUUUGCUGGGGAGGUGAUCACCCCUGAGGUCACGAAUUUUGCCUUGGUCUUACGAAAAUUUAUUGAGCAGGAUUCAGGGACGGAGAGGAACUGGGUGGUGUUACGAAAAUUUAUUGAGCAGAAUUUUGCCUUUGUAGCCUUACUAUGGCGAAUUUGGAAGAGUAGGAACUGGGUGGUGUUUGAUCAUGUACAGUAUAGUGUUUCGACCCUAGUUCGUCAGUAUGAAGCUCAAGUUCGGGAGUGGUUGGCAUCUAUGCAACCGAGUCAGGAUCAGCGGAUGCCAGGCCAGGUGUCGAGAGGCUUGGCUGAGGUAGGUCGUGUUUUGUCUUUCUCCUGCUUCGUGGAUGGGGCUGCGGCGCCUGGCUCACAUGGUGAGGGUGGACUGGUUGUUCGGGAUGCGAUGGGCAGGGUUUGUUUUGUUCAGGGGUUUUAUUAUGCAGGUCUCGUGGAUCCUUUCAUCGUCGAGCUGAUGGCCUUCCGGGAUGCGAUUUGGUGGUGCUCUUUGAAGGAUUUUGCUGAAGUGAAAUUCUGCGGAGAUGCGAAGGUUGUCAUUGAGAAGGUUCAAAGUAGGGAUGCUCGGGAUGUUAAGGGCGGUUGGAUUUUUGUGUAGAUCGAGAAUUUGCUUCGUCAGUUUCAAGAGUUUGGCGUUGAUUUUGUUGGCAGGAGUAACAAUCGGUUGGCUCAUGAUGUGGCCAGGAAAACCCUUUCCUUGUUACCUGCGAGUGUAGAGAGUUUUGAUUUUUAUCGUUGAUUUUGUCUUGGUGUGUAAACAGUGCUAUCUUUUGGUCUUGGUAAUGCAAGUUAUCUAUUGGUAAAAAAAAAGUGGAUAUAGAUGGUGUGAGGAAUAUAGCAUAGUAGCAAAAUGAUGAUAAAUCGAUGGUAGACCACAGUGCAAUUGGUCCUUAACUUUGUCCCUCAAAAAUCAAAAUAUAUUGAAAAUGUGUAU